AUGGGGGAUCGUACUCAAUUUGUACCCUCCCAUGUGGGAGACAAGGUGCUUCCCAAUCUCCCUUUCUUCCACAAAUUACUACGCUAUGUUCAACGUAGACCGUCGCGGAUCUCCAUUCGAGACGUGAACGCUGGUUUGGAGAAAACAUUCCACCAUGUCCUUUCAGACGCCUUGAUUCUUCGAAAGGAAUUGGAGAAAAAUCUGAGUGCUGCAACUCUGCGAGAUCUGCAAGAAGACAAAGAAGUCUAUAUUGGACUACUCGCACCAGGCGGCUAUGAAUAUACCGUUGGUUUUGUUGCAAUUCUUGCACUUGGUGCUGCAGUAGUUCCGAUGGCUGCUGGGCUCCCUGUGGAAGAAGUCUCAUAUUUCCUGCUCAAGGCGCAAUGUGUAGCUGUAUUGGCCGAUACAACCAGUGAGCCUCUCGCACAGUCCGUCGUACGUUCUAUGGGCGACAAGAACAACUUCCAUAUACCCUGCAUUUCUCCCAUCGCAUCCUUCUUCCAAACAACUUUGGUCGCAGCCAAUGAUAUGCUUAUAUCGUCAAACCGAGCCCUUGAUAUGAACAACGCUGCUGCCGUCAUCUUCACCUCGGGAACAACCGGUCCUCCAAAGGGGGCUGUUCAACGUCGCACCUGGUUGACUGGUAAUGCCGAAACCGACGCAGCCUUUUACGGCGUCACGGAAGAGGAUGUCGUUCUUCACGUCCUACCGGUACACCAUGCUUCCGGACUGGGACUCACCUUUCUUCCUUUCCUAACAGCUGGCGCAUGCAUCGAGUUCCGAAGCGGUAGCUUUGAUACUGCUUGGACAUGGGAGCGCUGGCGUCAGGGUGGGCUGAGCUUUUUCUCGGGAGUUCCGACCAUUUACAUGCGGAUGAUGCGGUACUUUGAAGAAAACAUUGCGACUCAAGCUCCCGAGGUACGGGACCAGUAUAUCAAAGGCGCUCGUGAUAUUCGCACUAUGCUUUGCGGAUCGUCGGCUUUGCCUGGGCCUGUGCAGCAGUUCUGGGAGAAACUCCGGGAGAAACCAAUGAUGACUCGAUAUGGAGCUACUGAGUUUGGGGCGGUCAUCAAGACCGAUCUCACUCCUGAGGGUAUGCCAAGGAACAGUGUUGGCCGUAUAGUGGGCGGUGUCUCGCUCAAGCUUGAAGACGAUGGUCAUUUGCUAGUGAAAUGCCCCUAUAUGUUCUCAAAAUAUCUCAAUGAUGAAAAGGCAACAAUUCAAGCCCACGAUAAAGACGGCUACUUCAGAUCGGGGGACAUCGCUCGACGAGAAGGCGAUUACUUCUUCAUCCUCGGUCGUGCCUCCAUUGAUAUCAUCAAAUCAGGAGGCUACAAGAUUUCCGCCCUGGAUAUUGAGCGAGAGAUUCUCGGCUUGGACUAUGUAUCAGAAGUGAUGGUAGUUGGCGUGGAGGACGAAGAAUACGGACAACGAGUGGCAGCCAGCGUCAGCCUCAAGACGGACCAGAGCACAACACGCAAGACUCUGACGCUGGGUGAGCUACGGGAGGAUCUUCGAAGCAAGCUGGCGAGUUAUAAGAUACCAACUAUCUUGCGUGUGAUCAAGGGUGAGUUGCCCAAGUCAGGAACCGGCAAAGUCCAGAAGAAGAUUCUAGGGCCGCAACUUUUCCCUUCGAAUUAUAGAGAUAUUCCUGAGAUUUCAGUUUGGAGCAAGAAGUCCAAGCUAUAG